AUGGAUCAGUCCAUUUGCAGAGCCCAAAAUUUGAUCCCAUUGGCCCAAACACCCCUUCACUUACAACCACUCUCACUACAACUUCCUAAACACGAUCGGCGCACCGUGCUUCGGGUGCAGAAGCAUGAGUACAGAUGGCGCGUGCUGAUAGGUCGGGGCCAGCUCGAACGAGAAUCGCUGGAGUAUCAUGGCCACCGCCAGCCUGGCCUGCAGAAUGGCCAGGUUCUGACCCACGCACCUGCGGGCCCCCAUGCCGAACGGCAUGAAGGCCAUCGGGUGCUUGGCUGCGUGGGCCACCCCCUUGGAAAACCUAGCCGGGUUGAACUCGUGCGGGUCGUGGCACCAAAGGGCCGGGUCGUGGUGGACAGCCAGGAUCGGGACCAAGAGCUCGGUGCCACGCGGGAUGUGGGGCCCGCCGGCCAGCUGUACGUCCACCUUGGCACGCCGGAUUACGGCCACGGCCGGCGGGUAUAA